CUUUAGAUACAUUCAACCAGCACUCCAAACUCUAUAAAAGCUCUAUUUCUUUUCGUCUAGACGCCCUAAACGAUGGAUCAAUUCAAUAGCCAAGACACAGAGAGAUCAGUAGUCGAAAAGCCAAGACUGCAAAAAUCUCACGAGCUCCUCACAUGCACCAUCAAAACACCGUCCUUCUCAUACAUCCAUCUAGAGCUCUUGACAGAUCCUCCCGGUGCAGCUGUUGAAUUGGACAACCUUCAAGUCAAGUCUUAUUGCACGGCCGCUCUAACCCAGUUUCUUGGACUAACAGGAACUGCAAUCUCUCUCGAUAUACUCAAAGUUGAAGCAUCUGCAUGCUGGAUCCGAGUGCCUCGAGAUGACCUUGGCCCGUUUGCUGCUGCGCUUACUGCCUGGAAAGGCACGAGUGAUGGGGGCGUCAAGCGCCUUUUACGUAUCAAACAAUGCUCUGACUGGCUUGGUACAAUGGCCGGAAGCGAUGGACAAGAUCAGUUGUGGAAUAAUGACUGAGGCAUUGGUGCUGCAUAACCUAAAAUAUCUAACCGCAAAGGGUAUAUCUAAGUGCCGCCUUUUUACCUGGCCGUGUUUUAUUCUUCAUUUUACUUUUUACUGUUUUUGAUAGUCUGUUGGAUACC